AUGAAGAGAUCACGUGGGAGCUCCGAUUCUUUAUCCGGGUUCUUACCAAUUUGCCACUCUGCAACAGACAAACGAUUAAGUCCAAGACCAACAACAGCCACGGGCUUUCUCUUUUCCGGCACCGGAGACUACUCCCCGAUGUUUGACUGUCUAGAAGACGGAAGUCUAGAGGACAUAGGCAUGGGACACGCGUCGUCUACGGCGGCAGGGGAGAAAAAACGGCGGUUGAGUAUAGAGCAAGUGAAAGCGUUAGAGAAGAACUUUGGGAUUGAUAACAAGUUAGAACCCGAGAGGAAAGUGAAACUGGCUCAAGAGCUUGGGCUGCAACCGCGACAAGUGGCGAUUUGGUUUCAGAACCGCCGUGCUCGGUGGAAGACAAAGCAGCUAGAACGUGAUUACGGCGUUCUCAAGUCAAACUUUGACGCACUCAAACGCAGCCGCGACUCGCUUCAACGUGAUAACGAUUCACUCCUUGCAGAGAUUAAAGAGCUAAGAGCUAAACUUAACGUGGAUGGUAUCAGCAGAAGCAAUAGUAACGCAUCAACAGAAGAAAACGUCACUGUGAAGGUGGAUGAAAAGGUGAUGCCUAAUAAGGAAGACUUAGAGCUAAACCAGCGUCCUUCGCCACAUAUUCCUAUGCAAGCUCCGGCAUCAGAGCUUGCGUACGAGAUGUUUAGCAUUUUCCCACGUACCGAAAUCUUCAGAGAAGGUCCUGCUGAUAGCAGCGACUCAAGCGCUAUUUUGAACGAAGAGUAUAGUCCCACGGCCGCGGCGACAGCGGUUGAAAUGUCAACAAUGGGAUGUUUUAGCCAAUUUGUGAAAAUGGAAGAGCAUGAAGAUCUUUUUAGUGGAGAGGAAGCUUGCAAGUUGUUUGAAGAUACUGAGCAGUGGUAUUGCUGA